GUGGCUUUCACAUAAACUUCCGGUUGGGUGUCAGCUUGAAGCGAAGUCUCUAUCAGAAUUUCAAAAGCCAGUAUAUUUCUCUUUUUCAUUCCUUUUUUUAAUGUUAGUUUUUCUUCGUGUCGCCAUAGCAGCCUUCACAUUCUCCCGCCGCUAACCUGUUUACAGAAAAAAAACAUGUCCAAGUCUUUGAAGAAGAUAGUGGAGGAGAGUCGGGAUAAGAACAUUCCAGAGGUGGAUAUGUGCGACAGAGGCAUUUCCAACAUGCUGGACAUCCCAGGACUAUUCACUCUGUCUAACAUCACGCAGCUGGUCCUCAGCCACAACAAGCUCACAGCGGUGCCUGCUAACAUCUCCGAGCUGAAGAAUCUGGAGGUUCUGAACAUGUUCAACAACCAGAUAGAGGAGCUGCCCACCCAGAUCAGCAGCCUUCAGAAGUUGAAACACCUCAACCUCGGAAUGAACCGUCUGAGCGGAUUGCCCAGAGGAUUUGGUUCAUUGCCAUCUCUGGAAGUGUUGGACCUGACCUACAACAACCUGGACCAGAACUCCCUGCCUGGAAACUUCUUCUACCUCACCACACUUCGCGCUCUCUAUCUGAGUGACAACGACUUCGAGGCCCUGCCUGCCGACAUCGGGAAGCUGACCAAGCUGCAAAUAUUGAGUCUGAGGGAUAACGAUCUGAUCUCGUUGCCCAAGGAGAUCGGCGACUUGGCUCAACUCAAGGAGCUUCACAUCCAGGGCAACAGACUGACCGUCCUGCCCCCUGAACUCGGUAAUCUGGAUCUGACCGGUCCUAAGCAGGUGUUUAAAGCAGAGAAUAAUCCCUGGGUCACUCCCAUUGCGGACCAGUUCCAGCUGGGCGUCUCCCAUGUGUUUGAAUACGUGCGCUCUGAGACUUAUAAGUAUCUCUAUGGCAGACACAUGCAGGCCAACCCCGAACCACCGAAGAAGAACAACGAUAAGAGUAAGAAGAUCAGCCGCAAACCGCUGGCCGCCAAGAACAAAUGAAGAGAAGACCAACGAUGGAGAUUAAUGCAAGCUCAGCCUGUCAAACUCACUGCAUGUGCCUUCUUUUCUUCUCUCUUUUUAUUUUUUUUAUAGAAAUAAACAUUUUGUAUUACGACAUGUAUGAAAUAUGUUUCUAAAUAUGUAGUGUUACAUAUAGUUUGGACUGUAUUCCACUCUGCCUGAGUAUAGAUGGAUGUUUGUUUGUUUUUUCAACUCUCGUGAACAGUUUAAGUCUUGGUUUUGGUGCUACUUAUCUAACUGCUUGGACACCCAGGUGACUACUGGUGACAGCUGCAUAACUACCAGAUCAGAGUCAUUUAGAAGCUGUGUUAAGAAUUCAUUGUAAUGUCAUCCUUUGUCGCUUUAAAUGCCGGUGGCUCCAGAUGGCAAACCGAGUCACUGUAACUUCACAUUGUGGGACAUCAGCAUCAACAAGUCCUGCAGGGCGAAACUUUUGAACUGCUAUGAUACCAAAGGCGAACAUUUAACAUGGGUGAGUCCAGAUGCUCACAGAUGUUUGGGACGCAACUUCAACGACUGCUACUGCGUACUUUCAGCUACGGAUCCAUUCAAAACCAGACAAAAUGUUCAGCUCUGUAAGUGCAUUUAUCCUUGUUUUCAACUCUUCUGCCUUGUUAUGCUGUUUUCGACAUCAUUGUGUAAGCGAAUGGGAGGAAUCUCCAAGUUCUCUUCCAUCCCAUUCCACUCUGAAGUUCUACUACUUCAGCUACAGACUUCAUUUCAACUUUGAACAAUCGCAAGACUUUGAACUUAACUUAAACUUCAGUUUUUUUUCUGUAUAUUUUAAGUAUUUGAAUUAUGGCUGAGUUUAUAAUGGGUGUGUAUUACCCUGCUUAAAGUGUGUCACGUGACCUGUGAUGUCACCCACUGAUCCUCUUCUGCUUUUAAAAAAAAAAAAUCACCAGGCUAUUGAACUAUUCACCUGUGUGGAGCUUCGUGAUGUCGUUCAGCUUUCCCUCCCCAGUGCCGUUCAGCCCCUUCUUUUCAGACCAUACAUUUCAUCCCUCAGCUCUUAAAGGAACACGCCGACUUAUUGGGACUUUGUCUUAUUCACCGUAUACCCCAGUUCAUAAACACCUUUCUCAUCUCUGUGCGUGUUGUAACUCUGUCUGACGCACCCACCGCUAGCCUAGCUUAGCACAGAUCCUGGAGGUAACCUAAUGCUGUUUUUGUUCAAAAGUGUUUAGCAAUGCAGCUCCUCUGUUUGAUAUUAAUACAAACUAGGGCUCCACCAUAUGAGGAAAAUAUCUAAUUGCCAUUCAUUUGACCGACAUUGCAAUUGCGAUCAUUAUUCUCAUUUCCAUUGAAAAAUCGAUUUAAAUGAUCAUGGCGGGAUUUUUGGCGAGUAUUUGUACCAAAGAAAGAUUCUUUUCUUCAGUCUGUAGAAUGUGAUUGUCUCUGCAGCACUACAAGACUUCACUCAGAAUGGUAUUUUGCCUUUAACAAAUAUUGUGCCCCCCCGCCCGUGAUUAGUAUCUUAUACUAGUCCAAAUUGCGAUAAAACUGUGAUUAAUUGUGCCGCCCUUAUACAAACCAAUUCUUCUUUCAGACAGUUCAUUUCAACUUGCAGUGUCUCUAGCGAUGUAUUUCAGCUCAGAGUUUCUUUAGGUAAAGGGUUAGCUUCCAGUUUUUUUCAGCGGUGCAGUCUAUGCACUGAGCCUUAAGAUGUUUCAGGCUGUACAUUUCAGAUUUCUGCAUUUUCAGCGAUGCUUUGCACUUUAUUUCAGCUCUCAGUAUUCACAGACAUUUUCUAUACAAAAUGCAUUUUUUAGUUUAGUUACUUUUCACGGUUUUACAAUGCAUGCUCAAAACACAUUUGCUUUUCGUUGCUUCGAUGUGCUAAUGGCAGUGACACACUAACCCGAUAAUCGGCCGUCUGACAGUCUGGCGAGGUCAGUGAUUCAAGUCCGUUCGGUGUGUUCCGUGCCGUCGUCAGUGGGAGAAGCAGUCGGCCUUCAUUUUGGCCGAUUUGACAUGUUGCGUCAGAGGGCGGGCAGUCGGACCCCAUGACUAAUCUGAUUGGUGGAGUACUAACCCAGAAAUUAUAAGCGGGAUGAGCGUGACUAAGCCUCUCAAAAUUUGACGAAAAUCUUUGAAACUGACCUUUGUCGUUCUGAAAUGAAGACCGAUUCAGCAACUGCACGGCCUAUUUCUCUCUUAAAAUUUUUCAGGUGAACUAUCUUCGUAUAUGCGAUCGCAUUCCGAAAAAAGCCGUCAUUAUGCCCGGUUGAAAAAUCCGGGAGCAGCCAGACCCACAUGACGCGUUCGUCCAAUCAGCUGCCGUUUUUUAUUUUUUGGGCGACAAUACAGAUAAGUGCUGCCUGCUGUUAUGGAGACGUAUUACAUGCUCAAGUCGGCGUCUCUUCGGUGUGUUCAGAGGCACUUUUUGGACCUCGGGGAGCCGACUGAUCAGUCCGACUGCCUUUUCUGCCGACGGUCGGCCAUCGGGUUGGUGCGUCAGGGGCUUAACGGAUACUUUGUGACUGUACUUCACUCAGUUUGAACACUAUGCUACUCCACACUGUAUUUCCUGAAUAGUGAAUAUUACACUCCCUCGUUCUCUCCCUUUGUCUCCUCUCUCUCUUGCUUACAAACAAGCAGAAACUAGUGUUGCUGAAUAGAAUAUGUAUGUAAAGAUAGCACAGCUGAGAAAAGAGCUGCAAGUGACUCACUGUACCUUCCACAUUCUUUUUGUUAAGUUAUUUUCCAAAGCUUCACCAAGUGUCCGUCACAUUUCAGCCUGUUGCAAAGCUAAAUUAAUAUAAUCCAUUCAUAAAAUUCAUCGUGCUUUUAUCACAGGCCAAAAUAUACUGAAAGUUCUUUGUGCUCGCUGUAUCGAACACUUCAAAUAAAACAAUCAAAAUCAA